CAUCAACAUCAGAAGCAUCAGCUUAAAAUCAAACGAUCGCAAUAUGAACUUCUACAAGAUCUUCGUUUUCGUCGCCCUCAUCCUGGCAAUCAGCAUAGGACAAUCGGAUGCUGGCUUGCUAAAAAAGAUUGGCAAGAAACUCGAACGUGUUGCCCAGCACACUCGAGAUGCCACACUCCAGGGUUUGGAAAUCGCUCAAAAAGCCGCCAAUGUCGCAGCAACUGCCCGAGGUUGACGGCGAUGAUGAACUAUUAACAAAUAUUAU